UGAAAAUCGAUGCAUCCUGAUUGUUUACAUUUCACCGGUUGUUGCAUGUAAAAGUUCGCCAAAUUUCAGUAGAACUUGGAAGUUAACUCAAAUCCAUAGAAUUUCUUCCAAAAUCUAUUGAAGCUGCUUAAGGAUAGACAUGCACUUUGAGGAGUUGGAGGCGCUGGAUCCUCGCAAUCCAACCCUGGCGAGGAUUGAAAUGCCGACACCACAUAAAGUGUCCGUGCUGAUUCUAGUUCAACAAUACAUAAAGGCAAAGAAAGCUGCCACCGACACCGGGUUAUUCUAUCCCACCAAGUACCGGCGAAACUUUUGUAUGUUGCUGCUUAAAUUAAUUCAAUAUCCAGAUAUGACCUACAAUGAUCUUUAUCAACUGCUGUGCUCACCAAAAUUUAAAAUAGACCCAGUACAUUUGGAGGGAUUUGAAAAAGUAAUGGCGGAUGUCUUCUCGCUGGGCAUUGAAACUCUAUUUGAUUUUGCCGAAAUGGAUAAUAUUGAAAAGAUGCUGGCCGAACAGUUGGGUGUUAGCCAGUUUAGUCUAGUGGGAUUAUAUAUACGACGAGUUGGGGUGAUAUUAGAACGUUUGUCCUUCCCUGAAAUGAUGGCUUUACACAAAAAUAUAUGUUUGUACUAUGAAAAAGGUGUACGGUCAUUGACAUUGGGACCACGUAAGCCACACUGUGGAGCAAGCACCACUGCAACCAAUAUCACAGAAGACGAUGAAAACACCAUAGAAGAAUCGGUAUUGGAUACCGAAACGGUGCAUCAAGACCGUAAUCCGCACAGUAAAUGGUCACCCAAGCAGGCCCAGUUGUUUGUGAGCCAACAAUGUAACCUCCUCGAGAAGAAUGAAUUGCGUGCCCUGCCUCCGAUUGAAAUGCAAACAAAACUCAAUGAAAUCAUACAGGAUAAUCCACUCAAUGCUAAGGCGUACUUUUUGGGCUACAUGAAUCAAUUGCGUUUGCGUGAUGUAUUUGGGGCACUGGAUGCCUUACAUCGUUCGUUCGAUCGCAGUCCCAAUAUGAUAACCCAAAAUGAUCAAAAAGGCUUUCAGUACUUCAGCGUUAAUUUGGCAAUUUUACACGCAACAUUCAACCACAAGAAGGAAGCCUUAAAUGCUCUAAAGGAAUGCAUAAUGUUGGCCCAAGAAUGUGGUGACAAACGAUGUCUAGAUUUGGCCAAUUCCUGGUAUUGUUUAUUGAACAGUAGUCGUAUAGGACCGUUCGAAAAGAGUUUGCCAGAUAUACAAGAUCCCGGACUCAUACAAAGUCUGUCCUUGGCCAUUGAAUUUGUUGUGGCAUUUGGAGCCAAAUGUGGAUUUUUGCCAUUGGAUUUGUUUGAACUCUUGUUAAAGAGUGAUGAGUUGAAUAACAAGAAUACUCUGCUUGAACACAUUUCCGAUUCCUUGGCUCUACGUUCAACGCUGUGGGUUCUCUACGGUCGCUACGAGAUGUCUGCUUUGUACUCUCAGCUGCUAUUGAAUCUCAAGAAGACAUGGGUCUUUGGCGAUGUUAGCAACUCGGAAAGUGUUAGCAAAGUUUUGGCAAAUCUUGCCUUGUGGUUUUAUGCGCAAGGUGAACACCAGCUUAGUGCUGUGUUACUAUAUCAUGCUCGUACUAGAUUUCCUAGACAUCCUUUUGCAGCUGACUGGAUGACAAGUGAGUGUCAUAUUUCCAUACAACAGGCUAUCUACCGUGGUCGCUGGCAAGAUGCUUUACGUUGGUGCUGUCAACUUUAUUUGCUGGACAAACAUGAUGGCAACAUACAAAGGGCUAUUGUCUACAUUUCGAAAUCGUACAACAAUACAGCUAGGAAAAUUUUACAAAAUUUAUUGCAAGAUAAUGAGCUAGACACUCUGCGACAAGUUCGAGUUUUAACCCUGUUGGCUUGUAAUAGCCUAAAUGAAAACAAUGUCUCCUCGGAGACCAUCGAUCUAUUAAUGCGGGCGUCUGUUAUUGCUGAAUCUGCAUAUAUGCAAUACGAGCAUGCCAUGGUUGAUGUGAUAAUGGCCCAAGUGUUGCUGCAAAUGGGCUUGCCACAAAAGGCCUUGCAAGCCUUGCGCAAUUCCAUUGAAACAAUCUACACCAAUGGAGGCAUAUAUGAUCGGGCUAAAACAGAUUUUAUUUUUGCUCGUUGUCUGGUGGCUGCAGGACGUGAUCGGGAAGAACAACACAAACGUCUAGUGAAAUCGUUACCAUCCUUAGAAAGAGCCAUAGAAUUGUUUCGUAAAUUGGAAGCACAUGCCAAAGUAUUGGAUGUCUUGGUUUAUAUCUCGAAGACUUUCAAUACAUUUGGUUUUAUUGCGGAACGUAAUAAGUAUGCGUGUAAAUUUAAACAAUAUUAUACGGAGAAUCCUGUACCAAGGGAGUAUUUAGGCAUGGCCUAUUAAUAAAUGUGUUAUUUUUUAUUCAAAU